CUUUUUUCGAGCGGACGGUCGGUCGAGCAGCAUGGGGUACAUCUGGAAGCUCAUCAUGACGAGCCUCCUCUCGGUGAACGCGCUCGCGAUCCUCCAUGAGAAGCGCUUCCUCCGGCGCUAUGGCUACGACCAGCUCGAAGCCUCGAGCGGUGGCAGCCCGUCCAUGAAGAACCAGGUCGUCGGCUUCCUCGUCGCCGUGCAGUACCUCCGCAUGCCCCUUGUCGUCAUCAACAUCGUCGCCAUCUUCCUCGAACUGCUCAUGGGCUAGGCCCGAUUCUUAGCCUCUCGACGAUGAUGAUCAAUGUAACCCUCCUGCACGUAUUCGCUCGUCCAUGACAAGGUGAUAUGAUGCAACGAAAGCGCUGCCAGGCCCAUCCAGCCGAGGCGACUCUGCAGCGCCUGCUGUCGUACUGCGGCGGUCGACGAAAUGAACCUCCUCGUGCUCCA